AAACUCGCAGCAAUGUCGGGGUCCAUUGCGGGCUUUCAGGAUGUGAGUGACCGUGGCAUUUGUAAGGGACAAAGGAAACGGCGACAGAGGAGAUGGAGGCGUUGGCAAAGCUGGUGAGGUGGGCGCUGGGCUGGCGUGGUGCGGCAGUGUGGGGUCAGCGUUGAUAGGAGACGCGAUCCAGGAUGGGAGAGGAUCGCUUGGGUCGGGAAUGAAGGUCGUGAUGCCCUCUGGGGUGGCUGGAGGGAAGACGUGAAGGGGACGCGGUGAACCAAGGAGGGGCAGCUCACCGGAGAAGAAAGAGGCUGGAAUGGCUGUGGAUUUUGAGGCGAGUUGAGUGGCAGGUCGCGCAAUGGUAACACUUGUGCCUCGUAGCAAAAACAAAACCUCGGUUUGAUUCCCGACUCAGGCGCCUUUCUGUGUGGCGUUUAAACAUCGGUCUUUCCAUGCUCUGCGUGACUUUUCAUUGAGCUCUCCGGUUUUAUGCCACAGCAGAAAAGCACGCAGCCUAACCGGUAUUGGUCAUAACAUCCCAAUGCUGAAAUAUUCCUUGCAAAUUAUUCAAUUUGAAUCAGGCAGCAGCAGCAACAUCACCCCUCUGCUGCGAAAACUAUUGGCAGGAUCGUCUUGAAUAAUACGUUUGAGACUCGCCGAGGUUUCCUGGGUAAACGAGCAUAGUUGAGAAGAAUUAAUAAUCAUUAAUAAAAUGUUUUAUGAUAAUUCAGUUGAUCCCGCUUGCCAACUGACGGUGGAGUGGUGGGUGCAGCAGGUUCAAGCGUCGUUACGGGGUUUGACACGGAGACCCUGACCUGGUGUCCAAGUCCCUCGGCGUUUAUUCGAGGUUUCGUGGAUCCGCGUACGGGCACGGGUCUCGUCAAGUGGAAAAACGCGGCCACGCAGCCGCGGCUAGGCAGAUCGGAGACCCGGUGUUUGAUAUUCACUUGAAAAAAAUGUCGCUCCGACCUCGCACGGCUACAGGAAGAGCACUCCGUGUUGUUUCGCAAUGCUGGACUGCGUCUGGAGCGACCGUCCACAGAGACUUUAAAUUAUUUCCACUUUUGUUCGGUCGCUGUUGUGUGCGCGAUGCUGCUUCGGUAGGUGGCGCACAGCUGUCACCAAGCACUGAACAGCACUGCCCCGGAUAGCAACAAAUGUAGAGAAUAGAGUGACAUUUCGGGCAAUGCCCCUUCUUCAUGGCAACAUACAUCGAGUAUGUCGAGGGAAUGCCUUGCUGGCACGGGCGGGGCGCAACAGAUGCGCGGUCCCUUCUUCUUCUUCUGUCUGUCUGAGCUGGAAUCACCAAAUCCUCCUCCUCCUCCUCGCCUCCCUCCCUCCCUCUACCUCCAACCCCUGCGCGCCUUCCCCUCGCACCGCCGUCGACCUAAAGCCCCCGCCCACUUCAAUCGGCUGAAAAGAUCUGCCCGCGGUUGCUAGGCAGCUUCGUGGGAGCUGUAUUAGUCAAAGAAAACAAAAGCCCGGGUAGCCGUGUGGGAGGAGCGGGAGGAGGAGGAGGGGGUGGCGAGGUGAUGUCCGCGUGAGUGCCGCGCGUCGCUGCUGCUGCGGCGGCGGCGGACGGAGGAGAGUGGAAGGGAGGGGUUUUUUUUUGUUUCGGGGUCGGCUGCUCGCGAGAGAGGGUGGAGAGAGGAGGAGGAGGCAGCGUCGAGUUUUUUGCGCGGGAAGACGGAAACGGCAGAAGCAUCAUCAUCAUCAACAGCAGCAGCGGCGGCAUCAGCCGUGCUCCCGUUCUCGCGUCGCCGAUCGCGCGUGCCUGUGUGUGCGCACGCACGCACGCACGCGUUGGCACACACACAGCGCAGCACACCACACGUGUGUGUGCCCGGGCUGCCAUCUGUCUACGUUAAUCCGCUGCUGGGGCUGCGGCGAGCGAGAGGGCGGGCGGGGAGCGAUGCUGUCGGGGAUGGUGGUGGCGCGGCGCUCGGCAUCGCCACAUCCCGCCGCGAGCGGGGGGCCUCUCGCGGCGCCGUGGCCGAGCCGGACUCGCGGCGCUGCCCGCGGCGUCGCGGGACGAGGAGGCCGCUAGAUGAGAGGCGCCGCCAGAGCGCGAGGAGGAGGAGGAGGACGAGGAGGAGGAGAGCCGCAUCCCGAGCACAUCCGAGCAGGCAUGGCCGCGCGUUCGCCGCGGGGACUGUCGGCGCUGGGGGUGGGAGAGAUGUCGUGCGUGGCGGAGGAGGCCGAGCUGGAGAUGCUGUACGAGGAGGAGGAGGAGGAGGAAGAAGAGGAAUACGAGGAUUUGCGUUGUUUUAGCCGAUACUGCGAAUCACCGGUGGAUCAGUACCACCGGCACUCGCUCUCGCCCGUGCCGGAGGAGUCCGGCGAGGAGGAGGAGGAGCCGUGCGGCGUCUCCGCGGGGUCCGCCGGCUCGCGCUCGUCCUCGUGCGAGGGCCUCUCGCCGGGGGCCCUUCCCAGGGACGGCUCUCCCAAGCGGGCGGCGACGGCGGCUGCUGCGGCUGCUGCGGUGACUGCGGUGGCGCAGUCCGCGUGCGAGCAGGAGCUGCUCCGGGCCGCGGCGGUCAAACUGCGCACGCUCGCCACGCCGCGGCUGCCCGGCACGCGGAGGCGCGAGGAGGAGGGCGAGGGAGAGGAGGGUCCCGAGGACGCCGAGGAGGUCGAGGAGGUGCAAGACGAGAAGAGGCCACUCAGCUCCUGGGAGACGCUCGAGUACCUUGUACGUGCUCAGGACCGACCGCUCCAGGACCGGGCCGGCGUUGCGUGGCAACAACGGAGGAGGAGCAGUGACGACGAGGAAUACAAGGAGGACGAGGAGGAGGACGAGGAGGAGGAGGAGGGCCUCGCGCGGUCACAGCCGAGCCGGGAGGACGGCGUGGCCUCGACGCUCGGCUCCGACGAGCCGUGGAGGCGCAAGCGGAGCCGGCGGGACGAGAGCGAGCACCGGGCGGGCACGGGUGGCCGCGAGCGCGAGGAGGACACGGUGCGGGAGGCAACCGCCUCCGCCCGGCACCGCGCGUCCAACGGGCAGCAGCCCCGGCAGCGGCGCCGGCGGCUGAGGAACGGCUCGGCCCCGGAGGCGCCGGCAGCGAGCGGAGAGCCGGACGAUCGCUACGAGGAGGAGGAGGAGGAGGAGGAGGCGGCGGCGACGACGGCGUGGUCGCGCGCGGCAGAAGGCGGCGGCGGCGCCGCGCAGGAGGGCGGCUGGGCGCUGCGGGUGGCGCUGACCGAGGCGGAGCGAGUGCAGAGCUGGCUCAUGCAGGCGCACGCCUCCCUGGGGCGCUGCGGCGCCGCGCGGUGGGGCCGCACGCGCGACGUGGCCAGCCAGCUCGUCGACUGCCAGAGCCUGCUGACGGAGAUCGAGCGCAAGGUGUCGGUGCUCGGCGCCCUCAUCACGCGGAGCGACGCGCUGCUGGAGGAGGUGCGGGCCCGGGCGGGCUCGCGGACCCCUAUCCUCGCCGGCGCCGCGGGCGGGGACGGGAACUCGGCGUGCCUCGACUCCACGGUGGCGACGGAGGCGGGAGAAUGGGCCGCCCCCAACGACGGCCAACCGAUGGACACUGUGUGCGGCCGCGAGCCGGACGGCGACGACGGCGACGACGCCGCCGGGAAGGAGCUCGCGUCCGACGGGCCGGAGAGCGACGUCCGCCCCGCCGAGUCGCCGGGCCGCUGUUGCGAUAGCGACCAGGCUACCGUGCAGCACGCGGCGGCGCAGCACGUGGACGCGCAGCGCCUGCGGAGGAGGGCGCACGCCGAGGAGAUCUCCGCUCGGCUGCGCACGCUCAAGGGCAGCUUGCUGGGGCUGCAGAAGGUGCUGCUCGACCGGCAGACCAUCCUGCAGGAGGACCUCGUGCUGGAGGAGUACAGCGAGCGCGUGGAGAGGCUGCCCACGGGCUCGCUGCUGUCCGGCGGGGUUUCCCUCGCGGCCGCCGCCGCCCCUGGUGCCGCCGCCGCCUCCGCCACCGUCGACCACAACUGCAACCGCCAGCCGCAGACGCUCCGUGGCCUCCUGGAGGAGCUGAAGCUUCUCCUGGACGAGGCGGUCUCCGAGCACGAGGCCCUGUCAGCCAGGCUCCGUCAGGCGAGCGGCACGGCCCGGUCAGAGGGCCUGGGGGAGGGCCGCCGAAGGCCCCCGUGGGGCCUCCUGGAGCAGGAGCAGCAGAGCAAGAUGAGGGUGCUGGCCGACCUCCUGCACUGCCGCGACAUCUCGGGCUCGGUGCCGCUCGCCUCGAUGUCGCCGCUGGAGGAGGCGUGGGGGCCGGGUCGGCCUCCGCCGGCUCCCCGCGUGGCGGCGGUGGCGCCGCGGGCGGCAGCGAGGCUCGGACGCUCGGCCGGGGGGGGCGUCGGCGACGGAGAGGUGCAGAACGGUGUUGAGCACCAUGGGGAGGGAACGGUGGAGGAAGAGGUGGAGGAAGACGGUGACGAGGAGCGGGGGGAGGAGGAGGAGGAGGGGGGGGAGAGGCCACGUGACCCCGAGUGGAAGCGCUUCUCCGUGCUGCGGGCAGCGUCGCGCCGACUCGACGCCGUGGAGGAGGCGCUCCUCCUGCCCUGGGCGGACGGCGACGAGGAGCGGGAGGCGCGGCUGGAGGAAGAGGAGGAGCUGUGCGUCCACCUGGCGGAGUUGGACCGCGAGUUGCGCCACCGCUCGUGGGAGGACGAUGCGGCGAGCGAGCCGGGCCCGGGCGACGCUACCGCCACCGCCGCCGCUGCCACGCGGAGGGGCGUGCAGCUGCGGCUGGGCGCCCUGGAGGCCGCCUUGCGGGCCAGCUGCUCGGCCCUCAGGGACGGGAUAUCCAGAGUCGCCGAGCACCAGAGGGAGGUGGCGGCGCUGCAGAACGCCGUGUCGAGCGAGCGGCGCUCCUUUCAGCGCAAGCUCCAGCACUGCGCUGACCACAGCCCCACUCAGCAACUGGAGGUGCUCAGAGAGGUGGCGCGGUCCCUGGACAGCCUGAGAAGCCAAGCGGCGCCGCUCCGGCAGCGCCAGCUCGAAGCAAAGCCCACGUCUCCCGCGGGCACCGACCUGGCGCGCAUCGAGCACAUGCUCGAGACGCUGGAGGAGGACGUUCACGGGCGGCGGCACGCCCUGACGCGCGCUUGCGCCGCCGACCGGCGCUACGAGCAGGAGCUGCGGGCGCUGCUGAUGCUCGCGCGUCUCGCGGACGAGCGGCUCCUCUCCGCUCCCCGGCUGCUGCUCGCCGCCGCAGACCUCGAGCAAGCGGAGCAGCAGUGUCUGGCCCUGCAGGAGUUCUUCCGCCGGCUGGAGGAGCGGCGCUUCGCGGUGGAGGAGUGGGCGCGCCGGGCGUCGGGGCGCCGCGAUGCCGUGUGGACGCGGCUGCAGGCGCGCCUCGACGAGCAGCAGGAGAGCCUCCGGGCCGGGGUCGCCGAUCAGCGCUGGAUCAUCCAGGCGUGGCAGCAGCUGGAGCGGGAGCACGAGGAUCUGAGCCGGCAGCUGGAGCACGCCGAGGGCUCCAUGGUGGCCCGCGGGGUGGUGGAGGAGUCGGAGGAGUGGCUGUCAGACCGCAUCGCCGCUCUCCUGAGACUGCGGUCGCACCUGGACGAGCACCUACCCCGGGUCUCCCAGCUGCUGGCGGACGGCAAGCGGCUGCACGGCCUCCUGAUGGCGCGGCUCAGCUCGGCCGACGAGGCCGCGCGGGCCGGGCGCGACGACGGCGAGGGCCCGCGGGUGACGACGAGCGGCGCGGGCGGGGAUCCUGCCGAGCCGACCCUCCGGAUUUCCGGCGAAGGCGAAAGGUCGCCGGCCGCCCCUGCGUCGGACGGCGGCGCCGAGGGGCGCUCGGCGCCACAAGGCGAGCCGGGAGACGGGGCUCCGCGGCCGACGGCUCUCGCGCUGGGCCUCGCUGCCGGGCCGGGCCUGACAUGCCACCUCGAGGGCUUCGGCCAGCGCUGGGCGGACUGCGGCGGCCGCCUGGGCGCGGAGCUGCGUCGGCUCCAGGCCCUGCUGGCGCACCUGGCGCGGUUUCGCCGCGAGUGCACGGAGCUGCUGCUGUGGCUCGCCGAGUCGCGGGGCAAGCUGGACUACUGGAGCAACCAGGCUGACACGGUGGCUCACGAGCCGUCCACGGCCCAGGAGCUCUUCCAUCGGUUCAUGGCGUUUGUGCACGAGGCCAACGUGAAGGUGUCCCUCAAGGCGGCGGUGGUGGCGGGCGGCACCCGACUGCUGCAGCUGCAGCAGGGCGAGGCGACGGCGCCGAGGACGCAGUUGGCGCAGCUGGAGACGGCGUGGGCCGAGCUGACGGCGCGCGUGCCGCUCGUGCAGGAGCGCCUGCACCAGGCGUUGGUGGCGUGCCGCCCGUCGUGCCAAGCCAUGGCGGAGCUCCUGGACUGGGUGGACGAGGUGGAGCGGAGGCUCGCGAGCGACGGAGACAAACUCUCCGGCCUGGUCGGCGCGGCGCCGCUCAGGGUUCUGCUCGACGAGUACAAGGGCUUGACGCUGGACACGCAGGCGCGCCAGCCCCUUGUGGACAGCGUGAGCCAGGCGCUGCUGCAGCAGCAGCAGGGCGCAGCGCACGUGCAGGCGCGGCGGCGCGAGAAGCUGCAGCUGGCCGAGAGCGUGGGCGUGCUGGACCGGCGCUGGCAGGCGCUGCUCGGCCGCCUGGCCACCACGGCGGAGAAGCUGGAGACGCGGCUGGAGGCCUGGACGGAGUGGGAGGCGCUGGCGCGCUCCGUGCGCGACUGGCUGGAGGCGCAGGCCGUGGGGCGACUGGCGGCGCUGCGGCAGUGCCGGGGUGGCGGAGCUACGGCGGCUCUCGCGCUCGCCGCGUGCUCGGAAUUGCAGGACAAGCUGAAGGCGCAAGUGGAAGAGGUCGACAAGCUGGAGGUGUGUGGCGGCUCCGUGGUGCCGGCCGACGGGACGUCCCCCGGCGGUCUCGUCUCAGAGACUUUGCGCGAGCUGCGGGCGUCGUGCAGCCGGGUGCAGCAGGAGCUGUCGCGGGUCGUGGAGCAGCAGCGGGAGCUCGUGGAGGCGUGGGGGAGCCGGGACGCGGCACACGAGGCCGUGAACCGGGCCUUGUGGGAGGCCUGGCAUGGCCUCAGCAGGGCCAGUGUCCUCACGGGGUCUGCUCAGGCUGCCCAACGGCAGACGAGCAUCCUGCAGCAUUUGCAGGGAGAGGGCGAGCGCAGGGCGGAGCUGCUGCUGGAGCUGGUGGGGGCGACGGGGCGGCUCUGCUCCGCGUGUCACCCGGUGCUGCACGCGCGCCUCUCACGGGGCCUGGACGAUGCGAGGAGGAGCCUGGAGGAGCUGGAGCGGGCCCUCACAGAGAGCCGCGCCCGGGCCGCCGAGCUGCGGGAGCUUUGGGCGGUGCUGGGGGUGUCGAGAGCGACGGCCCUCGGCUCGCUGUCACGCCUGGAGGAGGAGGCCGCCACGUUGGGGGUGACCGUCUCCCCCUGGGACCUGCCGCUGGAGGAGGCCCACAGCUGGCUCUCCAAGUGCCAGGAGAUGGAGGCCGGCGCCGACGCUGCAGAGAGCUCGCUGGCGGCCCUCUCGGCCCGUGCGGACGAGCUGAGCCAGCGCGCGGGCCCCACGGCCGCGGCCCACGCCCGGCUGGAGGGGGGGGCCCUCGCCCACCGGCUGGGCCGUGUGCGGCGCUCGCUGCGCUCCAGCCGGCUCGCACUGCAGCAUGGCAGCAGCGUCCACCGGGGCCUUGUGGAUGGCCUGCGGGCGCUGGGGGCCGUGGUGGAGGAGGCCGAGGCGGUGCUGGGGAGCGAGCGACACGACGCCCAUCCUCCCGGGGAGCCCGGAGGAGCGCACGGCCGCGCAGCGGAGAUUAAGCUGCAGCUGCUGAGUCUGGCGGCGGCGGUGCCGGCGCUGGAGGCGGCGCGAGCCGACGGGCGCCAGCUCCUGCUGGACGGCAGCGAUGCGCAGCACCUGCGAGCGCUGUCCGCGCGCUGGCACGGCGCAGUCUCGCAAGCUGCACUCACAUCAAGCCAGCAACAGGGUCAGUGGCUGCAGCGACGGAGCUUCGUGGAGAAGUGCCGGUGCUGGAAGAGGCUCCUCCUGGAGAUGGAGCAGAGCCUGGACGUGGAGGAGGCUCCCGGCCUGGAGGACGGCCGCCACGCCAAGGAGAACGGGCAGGCCGCUCGCGUGGACCUCGCCACGACCGGCGAGCGCUCGUCCCCGCUCGACCGCCACGGGGAGCGUCCCGACGCCGGCGGCGCGACGGCGCUCGGGGAGCGCUACGACAAUCUGCUGGAGCGGCGGAGGACCGUGGAGUGCCUCCUGGUGAAGGUGCUGAGCCAGCAGGCGCUUGUGCAGGAGGUCAUGCGGGAGGGCCGGGAGCUGCUCGAGAGUGGGCGAGCAGCGGACCGCUCGGCGCUCGGGCCCAAGCUGGCGCUGCUGGCUGUGGUGUGGCGCGGCGCGGUGCGGCGCACGCGGCACGCGAGGGAGGAGCUGGCGCGCCGCGCCGCCUCGUGGCGCCGCUACCUUGAGGCGGGCGCUGCCGCGCGUGACGCUCUGCACUGGCUGGAGGCCGAGGUGACGGAGCUGGAGCGGGGCAGCGCCGGCCUCUCCCAUCCGCGGGUGGCCCUGCUCCUGGAGGACACGGAGGCCGUGACGCGCGCCACGCAGCGCACGCUGGGCGGCCGAGCGACGGCACUGGAGGCCGCUGCCGCGGCCGCGGCGCUACAGCUGGAGCCGGCGGCGCGAGGCCGCCUGCACCACGAGGUUGUUGCCGCACACGAACGGUGGAAGCAGGCCGGGCUUCGUCUGCACAUCCUUCAUCAGCGGCUCACGUGCAGCUUGCAGGAGAGGGAGGGCUGGGAGUGCGUGCUGGAGGGCUCUUUGGAGAAGCAGGCCCUGCUGCAGGAGAGGCUCUUCCUGCUGCUGCUGCCAUCACAGGAACCGCAGCUGCAGGAGCAGCAGCUGCAGUGCAGGGAGCUGGAGCAGCUGGUGGGCGAGUGCACCGAGGAGCUGGAGGGGUUGGAGGGGCCGGAGGGGCCGUGCUCUUCCCUGGAGCUGCCGGCGUCGGACGAGGACCGCGCGCUGACGGAGGCCCGCGUGGCCGGCGUGCGCUGGCAGUGGGCCGACCUGCAGGACCAGGUGAGCCGGCUGUCGCGCUGCGCGUCGGAGCGGCACGAGGAGUGGGAGACGUUCGUGAGGCGCGACUCGCGGCUCUGCGAGUGGCUCGUGCGCCUGGAGCAGGCGGUGUCGCGUGGAGGCGAGGGCAGCCUGGAGGAGAUGCUGGGCUGGCUCGAGAAGGAGUGCAAGGACGAGGUGGAGGCGGCGGGCGACUGCUGGGCCCGGCUGCAGGCGUUCGGCAACCAGCUGGUGGCGGCGAGCGGAGCGACGCGCGCCGCCGAGAUCAGUGACAGGCUCGGACGCACGGAGGACCGCUGGAACCACCUGCACUACUUCUGGGCCACCAGGGUGCGCUGGCUCCAGGAUGUGAGCGGCAACAAGCAGCAUUUGGACAGCGCCAUGGGCAGCCUGCGCUCGUGGCUCGCCUGCAUGGAGGCCACGCUGGCGCAGCCCAUCAUCUACCACGACUUCGAGGCGACCGAGAUCCAGCUGAAGCUGGCGCAGCAGCAGGAGCUGCAGAGAGACAUUGAGGAGCACAGCGCCAGCGUGUCGUCGGUCCUGGGCGCGUGUGGGGCCCUGCUGCAAGACUGCGACGCGUGCGCCGGCAAGGCGGAGAGCGAAGGUCUGUCGCAGGCGACGCGCGGACUCGAGCGGCGCUGGAGGAACAUCUGCGCCACAGCCAUGGAGCGUCGGCUCAGGAUCGAGGACACGUGGCGGCUAUGGCAGAAGUUCCGGGAGGACCACACGCGGUUGGAGGAAUGGCUGGUGGAGCUGGAGCGCACGGCCGCGUCGCCGAGCUCCUCCUUGGUGCUGUACACGCAGGCCAAGGAGGAGCUCAAACGCUUUGAGGGCAUCCAGCGGCAGGUGCACGAGAGCCUGACGCAGCUGGAGCUUGUCAACAAGCAGUACCGACGGCUGGCGCGCGAGAACCGCACGGACGCGACGUGCUGUCUGCGUCGCAUGGUGCUCAGCUGCAACCAACGCUGGGACGAUCUCCAGCGCCGUGUCGCCGCCAUCCUGCGCCGCCUCAAACACUUUGUGAGCCAGCGCGAUGAGUUUGAGACGACGCGCGAGAGCCUGGUGGUGUGGCUCACCCAGAUGGACCUGCAGCUCACCAACCUCGAGCACUUCUCCGAGUUCGACCGCGAGGUCAAGCUGCGCCAGCUGCGGGCCUACCAGCAGGAAAUCGAGCUGAACACAGCACGCAUCGAGGAGCUCAUCACUCACGCCGAGGAGCUGAUCCAGAAGAGCGAGCCGCUGGAUGCCGCCGUCAUCGAGGAGGAGCUGGAGCAGCUGCGGCGAGAUUGGCAGGACGUGUUCGCGCGCGUUGAGCGAUAUCUCACUCGCAUCCACGGCCUCCUGGUGGUGGUGACGGACGAUGACGACGAUCAGUCGGACGCCGAGACGGAGCCGGAGGAGCUGGACGGGGUUCCGCCGAGCGUCGAAGGCAUGAGCGUCGGCGUUGCAAACGCCCCGAUCGUGGGCUCGGUGGGCGAUCCGUGCCUCCUGCGGCCCUCUGCCACGCGCAACGCAGCGCUCGCCCAUCCUUCGGGGCGAGACACGCCAGCCAGCCUCGAGUGGGACUACCAGUUUGACAUCACCCGCAUGGAGGGGGCACCGGAGAGAGGGGAGGACGAGGAUGAUGACGGGGGAUACGAUGACGCCGAUGGCACUCUUACCGAUAUAGCUGUCACUGAGACUCAUGAGGCCUUCAUCGCUCAGACAGAAAGUGUCCUCAGGACAUCAAGGGAUGGAAACGGCAACGUCCUUGAGCUCCAGCUGCAGCAGCUGAACAUGGCAUUGGAGGCCACGCGCUACCACCUGCAGCAGACGGAGCACUUCCUGAGCCGACGCACCCCAACGGGACCGGACCUGGAUGGAACCUACGCGCAAUACAUGCAGCUUUUGACUGAGUGCCAGAGCAGCGUUGAGCGCGUGCGCUGCAUGGGCGAGGCCUUGAUGGAAGGCCAAGAAGACGGCAGCCACUCCACAGGCCUGCAGCAGCAGCUGUCCGGCGUGUUCGAGCGUUGGGAAGAGCUGCGCGAGCAGGCGCAAGCCAAGGAGCAGCGCAUGGUCACGCGGCUGCAGCAGUGGCGGCAGCUGGACGCGCAGGCGCACGAGCUGGCGCUGUGGUUGGACGGAGCGCAGGCCACACUCGGCCAAUGCCGUGCCUCCACAGCUGCUCACUCCCCACAGCUGUCCGCCUUGCAGCUGUCGCUGUCACAACUGCGGGAACUCCAGGAGGACGCGGAGUCACGCCGUCCCCUCGUGCUGUCGCUCGCGCUGGGCGCGCGGGAGCUGGAGAGCUCGUGCGGCGACGGGGAGGAGGAGGAGGAGGAGAACGACGACUCGUGGUCGAGCACGGACAGCGAGGCAGAGAGCACGGCGGCGGCGGCGGCGGCCAGGGUCUGCGUGCCGGGCGUCCGCCCGACGGCUGGGCAAACCCUUCUCCAGCUCCUGCCCGACGUCCUGUGCAGGUGGAAGAGGGUGAAUGGCAGCCUUGAGGAGCUGGAGCGCACGCUGUUUGACAACAUCAGCAACAUCCAAGCAAGUCGUGAGAUGAAAAGAGACAGGGACAGCCAUCCACCAGUGAAUAUCGAUCAUCCAGUUCACAGUCUCCCCAGCGGAAGCAACGCUGCGGAACGGGGGGCGGCAGCGGCGCAGAGCUUGGCCCCGGCUCGGAGCGCAGCGAAGGAGACGCCGGGGUCAUUUGCGCGGCGCGUCGUGUUCGCUUCGCUGCCCUUCCAGCUGAUGCUGCUCUUCACGUUGCUCCUGCUCGUGUGCCUGAUGCCCUCCACGGAGGAGCAUCCGAUCUGCGCCCACGUGAACAACUUCGCCAGGUCCUUCCACCCAAUGCUCAUUUAUACGAACGGGCCACCUCCAACGUGACACGGCCCCUUUGCGCAGAUGGAAACGCGCACACGCACAGGCGUCAUCGUUCAAGCAUUGUCUCAAGCAGCGUCGGCACCUGUUAUGCAGUGAUCGGUCAGGCUGGGAUCUGGGAGUGGUGGCAGUGGGGGGUACAAACUAAAUAAAAUAUUUUAGUUUCUGUUUAGAUAGCAACAAAUCUGACAGUUUUCAGUCCAAUUCAAACGGUGCAUCCCUGAACAUCACACAGGAAAACGGAAGCAUCACAUACUGUGCAUCAACUUAAAGCAUGACUGUUUCACUAUAUAUGCAAUAAACCUGCCUAGUAAUUUUUGUUCCAAUAUGCAAGCACUGGUCGCAUGUUGUCUUAAUCUACAAACUCACGAAUGAGCAACAUUUCCUAACUAUUAGGCCUGCAAUGUCUGUAAGAGGAGAUUGGCAUCAAGGCUUCAUUGCAUUUUCAGAUACAUUAUUCAACAAUAAAGAAAUAUUUUGUGCGACUUGUUGGCCACUCGGUAAACUUGCGCGUUCUUCAGUGCACUCUACAAUGUACGUCGAGCUCAUGCGAAGCCACACUCAACAAUCGCAGGUGAAGUGCCAAUCCACACCAGGCGUAAGUACAAAGGUGAGCACACCACCCUCAUCGGAUUGCUUCGUGACACACUGAGGAGACUUACACUCGGUAAGGCCUCAAUUAUUUCGCAAUUUAAUUUAUAAAGAACCGUGUGGAGUGGAGCCAGUGGUUUCUUGUUUUCAUUUUCAGUUCGAAUCCUUGUCCAUAGAUGAAAGCAAAAAUGUUUUAACACACGCACAAACUCCAUUUGGUUCAUUUUCUUUUAAUGCAACACUGUAAAAACUGUCACCAGAAAUUCUGACUGCAGACGGCCAAUUUAUAACAUCACCAAAUGCAGCAGCGGCUUUGUGGUGUCCACGCAGCCUCGCAACUGCAGCCGCCUUCUCUUACGACCAACAGUCGACACCAGGAACGGCAGUAAUUUAGAAUGGCAUCUACCAUUGCCGUAUUCUAAAUCUGUAAUUUAAAACUACGCCACAUGCCUUUAUCUUGUGAGGGACCUGCAGAAAUUACGGGCAGCAGUCACGAAGAGUUGGAAUGAGGUUGAAAACUGCGUUUUAGUCACGAACGUUAAGCCCGGUUUAUAUUGGUGGCCACUGACUGCUCCUCCAGGAAUUUGAUCUCUUAUCAGAAUGUGUAUUUAUCCUGGAGGAAUCCAAUGACCUGGAAGCUCUUCUUCACGGCGGGUCAGCAGGAAUCUAAAAAAAAUCCACACAGGCUCCCCCCAGGGCAUCAUUGAAAUACACAAUACCCCAUCACGUGAUCUCUGAGCAAUUUUAUCAAGGAGAACUCUGAGCCCAAGUACUAUACAGCUCGACCCAAUUCGGGAGCCCAAUUCAAACACUUUGGGUCUCAGGCCAACAAUCUAAAACACUGAUAAAAUGACAGCUCCUAGGUCACAUGACAGGGCUGGCUAAAUUGUGAUGAUGCCCUUGGGGAGGCUGUUAUUAAUUAUUUAUACGUGGCGUGGGUUAGAGUUGACAAGUCUGGAGGAGGAGCGUCUUGGCAGGCAGUGUAAAACUCUCACAAAGCAAAGCCCAUGUUCUCAUUAAAUCAGCCAAGGUCUACUGUUUUAACUUGAGAUCCAUCUUAUUUAAAUAUUCUUUGGGGGUUACAUUAACAUUUUUAAUUACUCAUGAGAUGACUUUGUUUUAAAAAUAUGUUCGUAUUGUGUGAUUUGAUUGAGUGGGUUUUUUCUUCUACAUAGCCAGUCAUUAAGCCAAGUAAAUCAAUUGUUAGGUGAACACACCGCUACAACUCAGAAUGGGCUCAAACGUGCAACGCAUGACGUUACAAUUGAUGCAUCUGCCACCCUCGCUCUAAUCCCCUCCUCCUGGUUUGCGAAAUGUGCCACGGCUGCGUUGACCCCCAACAUGGUGCUCGUACAAAAGGCAGUCUGUACGCUUGCAGUUGUGCCUCCUCUUAAAGCACAACAGCCUUUGCAUGUGUAAAACACUCACGGUUUUAAUAACGCUGACAUUGUACACUGUUAAAACGCGCCUGUGUAUGUAUUUGUAUAGAUAUUUAUAAAACCAUACCGUAGCCUGUAUAUAACUGAUGACCAAUACUUGUGUUUUUUCAUUUCAGUAUUAUCAGCAUUAUACAAAUUGAAGAUAUACGCAAAUUGUUGUAGUUAUGGGAUAAUUAGUUUUGUAACUUUAAUACAACAAUUCCAAUCAACACUGGAUCGUAACAAUUCUGAAAACCAAUUUCUGUAAACGUUUGCUUCCCUGAUUGAGGGUACUAAACAAUGAAUCGGAAUGUUUCAAGAUGUUUGUCUUUGUUCACCAGGCUCUUUUGAGCUGUUAGGGCAUCAGAAUUUUGGAGCAUGGCCCUUGUGUGGCGUUUUGCAUCACUAGCUCAUCUCAUACACCGGCUGUCCUCUGCAAGUCACAUUUAUUUGUGCUGUAAAUGUGUUGAUAUUUUUUUUAAAUAAAUGCUGUGUACAUAAUGCACAUGAAGGAGUACGCGUACGCCAUCAUGAAUAACAUUAUUUUUUGGGUGAGCGCUUUUGGAUAAUGAGGAUUGCAGAAGGACUUGUUCUCAUGAAUGAACAUGGUGUCUGCCUGGUGAUGAGCAUUAGCGUCUGUGGACAGCAGGUGAAUACCAUGUGUUGUGCAAGAAACAAGUUAAGUUCUUGACAUGAGGGCAGAUCUCAACUCCAUUCCUCAGCUGCCAUCGACACAAUGCAGCAUUUCUCUUCGUCCAGCCUUCUGCAUUUAUCCUGUACUAUAUAUACCGUAUGGUGUACUGUAGAUUAUCAUCCGUGUUUUUUUAAAUUAAAUGUUAAUUUCCAAUGCCUGUUGAUUGGCACGUGAGAAAAGCCACAGUGUGGUGGAUCCCAAAGGCUUGGAUUUGGUGUUGAGAAGUGCUCACCUCCAUCAUUGUGAAGACGCAGUGGAAAGCUGUGACAACUGGAGGUCUAAGUGAUGACACAUGGGAGAUCACCACGUGGGAGUGAGGAGCAUGCUCUUCACCAUGAACAAUAGAUUUUGUUUUGAUGUAUUUGUGUGUCAAUGGUAGCUCAAGUCUAAUGGAUAACUUUUUCUACGUGUGCACAUUUGUGAAAAUCGCACUUGUCUUUGGGCUGUAAAAUUAAUUGCUGCAAUAAGGUACUGUUUAAGUGUGCGUACUUCAUGGCUGUUGGUAAGCCGCUUGUAGUGAUUUGGUAAAUGAAUAACAUACAACUUUAAUAUCCAUUGGAUAUACCUUAACUGGGUCUAAUAUAAAUCCCGUAGACAUUUUUGAAAUGACUGCAAAUUUAUUCAAAGCUAUUUAAUGAGUUGAAGGACUGUAAUGAGAAUCGUUUCUCAGACAUAUACUAUACCUUUGUAAAAACACUUUGCUAUGUUUAUUAGUGAUUAGCUGAUUGUGGUUGGCCCAGGCUGAAGAAUGUUGAACACUAAACACAUGGCUCAGAAUAAGCAGAUAAUAGAAUGUGUUUAUAAGGUUCAUAAUAUCAGUGUUAUAAAUUAUGAGCUUUCGCCCUGGUGAGAGAUACCAACCUUAAAUUUAUUUUCCAUGUAUUGAAAGCUGUGGAAAUCAAUCAGAAAUAAACCGAUUAGCGACUUUAAUUGAAUUCAUAUUACUUCCAAGUGUAAUGACAAAUACAGUUCCAGUUUUGUUGGAAAUAGUUACAUGAACCAAGUACCGUAACCAGGGUGAUGUUUGCUUCACAGUAAAGUUGGGAAUGUGAACCUUGAAGCUUUUUAAUUGCAAAGUGUUUGACAUGACAUUUAUUGAAAGCCAAAGGUUGAAUUACAUCUGUGGUUCAUGGGUUUUCACUUUUCCCAUGGAAGUUCUAGCAUUAAGCCUUUUUGUUGCUGCCAGUCCUUGAGUUGAACAUUCUUUUUUGUUCGUGAAGUCACGUGAAGGUAUUUUAUGGCAAGAGGUCGAGUGGCACCUCAUAAAUGGGACCCCCAUUACGUGACACACGAGAAUGUGAAAAUGUUUUGAUGAGCAAAUCACUCUGUGAAAAUCCUUGUUCUGUGAAAGUACUGUCAUGUUAAUUGUGAUGGAAGCAAAGAAAGCACAUGAAAAACAUGCAUUGGUUCUGAUGAGUUUAAUUUGUUCAUAGGUAAAAAGAACGGUUCUGAUUUAUUGCGUUUCAGUUCCUCUGCAAUGGUCACGUUAGUAUGAAGCACAACAGCUGUACAUAGGUCCACACCAGCCCACUCAGAGCCAGGUCUUGACGUGCACUACCAGCCCUGUGCCUUUUAGAAUGAUGGCCACUCAUUAGGUGAGCUGCACAAAUUCCAGUCGAGCCAUGGACUCAUUACAGUACAGUACUCUAGUUUGGUUUUCUAUAAUCCCAUGUGCACUGCUGGCUCAUGGCCCAGCUCUCCAUUGUGCCCAUCAUGGCCAAGCUUCAAAGUCCACCUCCCCACUGAAAAGUCAAAUUAAAACAAUAUCAUCCUAAAUAAGCAAAGGCAUUGCAGGCAGGAGUGAGCAAACGAUUUUGCCUACAUGUACUGUAUGAGUAUGCAUCCCAAUAUGUCCUAGCUUUAGGCCCAAUGUUGACCUGAAUUCAGGCACAUUUACAAUAAUUAUUUGUAGAAGUGGUGUACCAUAGCUUUUUCCUAAAUUUACGAUACAAGACCUGGUGCUAUUUUCCACCAAAAUUAGAAAAAAAAUGUAUUUAGUUUUCUGCUUAUUCUGACCUGAAUAUAAAAGUGUUAUGAAAAAUGUGAGAUUUAUACAGGUUGUAGAACACGGUACAAUUAGCCAAACAAGUGUUUUUAGACACUGUAAUUCUACUGACGUGUAAUGUUUUUUUAGGGAAAUGUUUCCGAUGUAUUUUUUUGUAAAUGGUUCCAAAGAGAUUGCAAUGUACUGUAUGAGAUGUCUGCACUUUGUGAUAAAAAUUAAUUAGCAGCAA